AGCAAAAUGGCGUCUGGUAGCGGGUCGAGUAAGACGGACUUCCGUCGGAAGUGGGACAAAGAUGAAUAUGAAAAUCUGGCUCAGAAACGACUUACGGAGGAGAGAGACAGAGAGAGGAGAGAUGGCAAAGUGCCCCCCCCUGUUAAGAGGGACCUGCUGCGCCACAGAGACUAUAAAGUGGACCUGGAGUCUAAACUGGGGAAAACCAUCGUCAUCACCAAGACGACUCCUCAGGCUGAGAUGGGGGGUUAUUACUGUAAUGUGUGCGACUGUGUGGUCAAAGACUCCAUCAACUUCCUGGAUCACAUCAACGGCAAGAAACACCAGAGGAACCUGGGCAUGUCGAUGCGUGUGGAGCGCUCGUCUCUCGAUCAGGUGAAGAAACGAUUUGAAGUGAACAAGAAAAAGAUGGAGGAGAAACAGAAGGAGUACGACUUCGAGGAGCGAAUGAAGGAGCUCAGAGAGGAGGAGGAGAAGGCGAAGGCGUAUAAGAAGGAGAAGCAGAAGGAGAGGAAGCGGCGAGCGGAGGAGGACGUGGACUUCGAGGAGGACGAUGAGAUGGCGGCGGUGAUGGGCUUCUCCGGCUUCGGCUCCUCCAAGAAGAGCCACUGAUGACAUCACAGCGGGACAGGAAACUGUAUAUUUUAGCUCCGCCCCCUCAGCCGGCCGGGUGGAGGUGGAGGUGACGGUCGGCGGGCGGUGGGCGGCGUCCAUCUUUAAUCGGGCAGCUUCCUGUCAGACAACACAGACACUGGUCAUGUGACAGGAAGUGGUCAUGUGACAGGAAGUAGACCAAGAAACUACAGAAGGCUCCUUUAAGUUGAACUUUUACUCAACUUCAGAUCUGUUCCUGUUUUUUUUUCUUUUCAUUAGAAACACGAAAUAACUUUUUAUAAUUUCUCCUUCAGACAAAAAUAAAGUUUAACAAGUUUAAAAGUUGAGUUUUUGACGUUUUAAAGAGUUAAAGUUUAACAUCCAGCAGCAGGAAGAAGGAAGAAGGAAGAGAGGGAACAUUAAACUUGUGAA